AUGGCCUGGAACUGCAAUGGCAUCAGCAAAAAGACACAAGAACUAACAGCAUUUGUAAAACUCUACAACAUCCAUGUAAACCCGCCUUCACCCAAAAACUCAACUCAAAAUUCUAAAUUACCACAUCUACCGUUCCGAUCGUCAACCGCUGCCAAGACAUCCACCAAACGGGGGUACUGCAGUACUAAUCCGCCGUGGAAUUACGCAUUAUCAUGUCAAUGUCUUAACUGA